CGUUUAUUUCCAUGACUUUUCAUUUUGGCUGUUCAGCAUACAAUAUUCAAAGUGAUGUUUGCCUCGAAAGGGCAAUUGAUUUUGCAUGGUGGAAUCAAGCGUGCUGGUUUCGAUUAUGGGAGGCAAGAAAUUGGCUUGAAAGAGACACAAAUUCUUGUUCCAAAAAAUGUAAUGUUAAAAUUGAAGGCUUAGAAGAAAGACCAUAUUAUAAACUGAAGUAUUUGGCUCUAAGAAUUGAUGGCUUCGUUGACAAUUCAAAGAAAAUUAACCCGAAAUGUAGUUCUUCAUUCACUUUAUAUGAAGAGAAAACAUUGGAAAUCUUUUGCCAUGAAGGCGUUGACACCUCAAAAAAUUUAUGUACAUUUACUGAAGGAUGUAAAGAUGGAUUAAAGACGUGUGUGCGAUCGCCAACAGAGCGAGUUGGGUUUUGUGUAUGUAAAUCUGGGUACAUAGAAUUCGGAAACGAAUGUUUACAGGGAAAUUUGAAACUGAACGAUAGGUGUCAGCAAAGUGAGCAGUUCUCGGGCACAGUUGGUUCGAUCUGUCAGAGCUAUAGGUGUGUCUGUAGGCCAGGAUCCACCCCACUCAAUGAUUCCUUUUGUUUUUCCCUUGACACCUCAAAAAAUUUGUGUACAUUUACUGAAGGAUGUAGAGAUGGAUUCAAGACAUGCGUUCUAUCUCCAACAGAGCGAGUUGGGUUUUGUGUAUGUAAAUCUGGGUACCUAGGAUUCGGAAACGAAUGUUUAGAGGGAAAUUUGAAACUGAACGAUAGGUGUCAGCAAAGUGAGCAGUGCUCGGGCACAGUUGGUUCAGAAUGUCAGAGCUAUAGGUGUGUCUGUAGGCCAGGAUCCACCCCACUCAAUGGUUCCUUUUGUUUUUCCCUUGACACCUCAAAAAAUUUGUGUACAUUUACUGAAGCAUGUGCAGAUCAAUUCAAGACAUGUGUGCGAUCGCAAACAGAGCAAGUUGGGUUUUGUGUAUGUAAAUCUGGGUAUAUAGGAUUCGGAAACGAAUGUUUAGAGGGAAAUUUGAAACUGAACGAUUGCUGUCAGCAAAGUGAGCAGUGCUCGGGCACAGUUGGUUCGGUCUGUCAGAGCUUUAGGUGUGUCUGUAGGCCAGGAUCCAUCCCACUCAAUGAUUCCAAUUGUUUUUCCCGUAGGUUCAUUUCAAGUUUCUAUUACAGAUAUUGUAUAAAUUAAAAUACCGGCUUGUUGUAACUAAUUCACAAAUAUUAAUGUCUUAUUUUGAAAAUGCGUACACAAAGUAGCACCUUAUCAUUCAUAC